AUGGUUCAAGCAACGGGCGAAGAGCGCGCUGCACACCUGGCACGGGAGGCUGUUGAGCUGGUUGACGCUGGUCAUAGGGAGGCAGCCUCCCGAAACCUACGCGAAGCACUCUCUAUCGCCCCCGAAAACCCCGACGUGAAAGCGGCAUUCCUCAAAAUUCAACAAGAGGAAGAAAAUUGCCACCAACUACUAGAGCUCUGCCGACGUUACGCAACCCACAAGGAUGAGCCCGCCGGAAAGGAAGCGGCCGCUUAUCUCCGCACAGAUGGCUUGAAGCCCCCGGAGAAUGUUGCAUUGGAAUCGCUGAAACUGCUGCUAGGGCAGCGGGCCCAUGCUUUCUCCGAGAUCCAAGAUGAAAUUAUCUCCGGGUUGGUCCGACACAACACCAGCGUUCGCCAACACUUCUCAAACGAGCUGCAGAUCUCCGUGACGACCUUUUUUGAUGAGAUCUACGAUCGAGGCGACGGAGCCGCGGUAUGUCUGGAUACAGUGGUGUUGGACCCUAAUGUGUGGCCCUCGGAGGAGAAACGGUUACACUGCGAGAGUGAACUAUUCCAACUCUUCCUGGCGAAGUUAAUGGAAUCGGGCCAUGACCAGGAUGGUCGGUCGCUGAAAGGAAUCGCCCGGCUGCUUGUGGUCGACGCGGACCGACUCCAGCACUUGGUGGACGAUGAAGAAUUCGAGGUUAUUCUGACCUCCCUUGAUAACCGACUACCUCUUGAGUUGCGGAGCCAGGCCACGUUGGCCACGGCGAAAUACUUGGAAGUUGCCAAGGAAAAAGGCGAGAAGCAAUUCUCAACCCUUAUCGCGAACAUGUUUUCCAAGGGUCGCUUGGAUGACUUCAUCAUUGCCUUCUCCGCAGUCUCUGCGGUUUUCCCCGUGGCGCCCAAUGCCGCGGCCAAUGUAUUUUUGUCAGAUGAGUUCAUGCAGUUGCUGACUCCUUUGGCAUCGAGGGAUGCAAAACGCAAGAAGAUCGAGGUUGCUGUGCUGGAUCUAUUGAAUGCAGCAUGCAUCAAUCGUCAAUGCCGUGAAGCAAUUUCCAAGAACUUCUCGGAAUGGCUGUCACAUACCCUCACCAAUGGCAGUGACGAGGGCUCGGAAUUAGCGGCUGUGGUUCUUGCGAAGAUUCGAGCCUCGGAGACAACUCAGCCUUCCGCUGAAAAUGGUAAGCCCCAGGUGGAAGACAGCGGAGUUUCCGAUUUGGUUCAACGAUUUAAGGGACUGAUGUCUGAAUCUAAGCCUGCGAACACCUCCCACGCCAUUGAAGGCUUGGCUUACUCUUCCGUGAAGCCCUUGGUCAAAGACCAAUUAGCUCAAGAUUCCUCGUUUCUGCGCGACUUAAUCAGCAUUCUGAAAAAGCAUACCACUGACUCUUCCGUGCUGUACGGUGGAUUGAUGAUCGUUUUGAACCUCACUAAAUUCCUCCCCAAUCUCUCCGAAGAACAGAAGAAAAUGGGCCAAUUGAAGGAUUACGCAGACGCUUCUGGUGGUAAGGCUCGGGCUGGCCCGGACCCCCGUGAAGAAGAAGCAGCGGUCCUUGUCCGUUGUGGUCUUGUCAUCGAUGCGGGGAUCAUGUCACUUCUGAUUGAGUGUGGCCGCCUCGCUAUGCCCUCAAUCCAUGAUCUAACAGCUCAAAUUCUGUUGGCGCUAGCUCGGCACCGAAAGUCACGAGGCAUACUGGCCCAACAAGGUGCAGUUAAGCUGCUACUUGGGCUGGCUAUCCCAAGGCAGGGCGGCUCAACUUUACCUACUAAAACAACACAAACCGCUUCUCAUGCCCUCGCCGGUAUUCUUGUCUCUGUCGACCCCUCACUUGUGUUUCCUUCCUCCGGGUUCCCUCAAGUAACAUCUGCUGUACGCCCUUUGUUAAAUCUUCUCACAUCACCCGAGACGGAGUCCGUCUCUGGUGACCAGCCCCGUGAUCUACUCCCAGUGUUCGAGGGCUUGCUUGCCUUGACAAACCUUGCUUCUUACCCACACGACGAGACACCCGCUGACCUCAUUGUCCGAGAGGGUUGGUCCGCUGUGGAAGACCUUCUCCUGUCCAGUAACUCGCUCGUGCAGCGGGCUGCCUGUGAGCUGGUUUGCAACCUCAUGACCAUUGAGUCCGGAAUUGUCAAAUUUGCCGACGGCUCGAAGCGUGCUUCUCAGCGACUUCACAUUAUUCUGGCUCUCACUGAUGCGGAUGAUUUCGCGACACGGCGCGCGGCCGGCGGAGCAAUUGCCAUGCUGACUGAGUACGACGCAGCCAUCGCGGCGGUGAUGGAGCGCCCGCGCGGGGUGGAAUUGCUCCUGGGGCUGUGCCAAGAAGACGAUGAUGGCCUCCUCCACCGAGGAGCGGUGUGUGUUCGCAACCUCACCUGUGCCUCCGGAGACAUUGGGUCACGCGCCAAGGAGGCUGUCCGCGCCGCGGGUGGCAUUGAUAUAUUGACUGCCCUCAUCAAGAAGUCAUCCAAUCAAGCCGUGUUACAGUCCGCUCUAGAGGCGCUGAAGCCGCUGGUUCAGCAGCAGUAA